AUGCAGGAAGAUGGAGCACAACAGGAUGCGUUGCGGGCGGAUGGACGGAGUGACAGGCAGAUAAGGUCGAUGGUGUGUGAGCGCGGCGUGCUGGAACGUGCGGACGGGUCCGCAAGGUGGACGCAGGGCGGCACCAGCGUGCUUGCAGCGGUGCACGGGCCGCUCGUUCGCGGCGGCCCGCGAGAAGACCCGGAGCGCAUGACCGUGGAGGUCACGAUAUUGCCAAGAUCUGGCCUCCCGACGUCGCGCGACCGCCACAACGAGACGGUCGUGCGCGCCACCGUCGAGAGCGCGGUGCUGCUCAACGCCCACCCACGCUGCUGCGUCACCGUGGCGCUCCAGGUCGCCGCCGACGACGGCGCCGUCCUCGCGUGCGCGCUCAACGCCGCCUCCGCCGCGCUCGUCGACGCGGGCGUGCCCAUGCGCCACCCCUUCGCCUGUGUCACCGUCGCCGUCGCACCGACCGGCAGGCUCCUCGUGGACCCGGACAGCGACGAGGAGAAGGCCGCGGGGGCGCUCGCGCACAUUGCGCACGUCGGCAAGAAGGACCAAGGCGAGGACAAGGGCCCAGUGUCUGGCGCGAUGAUCACGUGCGACUCGUACGGCAAGUUCACGCUCGAGCAGUUCGCGGCCGCGGCGGCGCUUGCCGCCAAGGGUUGUGCUCACGUGACCGCCUUUGCGCGGGAGUCCCUGAACGGCCUCUACGUCGUGUGA